AAAAGUACAAGGAAAAGUACAAGGAAAAGUACAAGGAAAAAGCAAUAAAGGAAAACAUAAGGAGUGAUGGGGAAAAAACCCAGUAAGAAAUGGACUAGCGUGUCCAUUAACGAGAUAGUUUUCACUGGCACCAGACACAGAGAAAUUAAGGGAGAAGGAUGUCAGAUCACGUGUUCUACCCCAAUGGCCCAAAACACUAAAGUUUUGGUGAAGGUAGAGGUAAAAAUCUUGUUUUAAUCAUUGUAGUUCGAUAUAGUACCCUUAGACGUUAUUAAAGCAAAGGCAAUGUUUGGGGAUUGUAUAUUCUCUGAUACAUGGAGUUAAUCUCUUGCUAGAGAUAAGAUAUAUUGGAAUGCUGGCGGACAGAAAGCUCUUUAUUUGAUCAUUGAGAGGGCUCGAAUUGGAAUCGCAAUAUAAAUGUUUGAGAGGCAACUUCAGCACAGUUUCUUUGCUUGGCACUGACAUGUAGUUCGUCCGUCGUGAUACGAUAAUAACAAAUUAUGUCAUCCAGCGGGAUGAGGGCCUUCCGCUUCGGUUUUCAGCUUCCUCGUAUGUCUGGUGAGACCUAUGCGAGCCCGUAAUGUUUGCCUGCACAUAGGGUAGGUUAUUCCAGCUGAAGCGAGUGUCAGUUGCCUUGAUGUUGUUUUUUCUGUAGCGCUUUUCUUGUCGACAUGUUUUACUAACAAGCAAAUAUUAAUUCUUUAGUAUUCACGGAAAUGGCAAAACAUGUCGAGUUAUGUCGCCUUACAUAAUUGUGCACGUUUUUUUCUUACAUAUAUAUAUUCUUUUAUUUGUUUUUUUUAAGAAAAAUUAUCGCUCAUUAAGUUGCAUAAAUGAUGUACUGUCGUUUAAAAAAAUAUAUAUGUUUAAUGUUUUUUUGUUUUUUGGUUUAACUUAAAGCAAAAAAACAAAAGUGCUGGCCAUAGAUUCAACGACCGUAUUCCCGGAUGUAGCACGAUUUAUCAUUUACUACAAACUGAAAUGUCGAGUGCUAUUCUUUAACAUACUUCAACAAAUCUUCGGUGCAGAAAAGUGUAUUAUAUUCUCUCAUUAUUAGCCCUCAGACUUGAUAUUCUACAUCAAUGCGUAGUUUCAAUAUACAUUGUGUUUUGUACUUUUAAAUUUGUAUCUGAACAUAAGAUACAUUUGACAGCAGAAAAAUAGCAAUGAAGCCUUUGUCCAGCGUAUGUUAUAUGACUUACUUGGCCUGCAUAGUCAUAGAAUUUACUGGAGGUGCCGUUCUAUUAGAGAUGAAUACGAUUUCUUCUGGUUUAGUUAAAAUAAACACUAAGAACCGCGACUGGACCAGGUUUUAUGAAUGUAUGAGAAAUACAUUAACAAGUCUCUGCACACUCCACCUAAACGAAACCGGACCUUCAGGAAAUUAUCGAGAAUUUCAAUCAAAUGGUGUAGGAUGUGAAACGACUGUAACUGAUUUUCUAAUUCCUCCUACUUUUGAAUGUGAUUUCCAAGAGAAAUGUGAAGAUAUUACAGAUAAAUGUUCCAGUAUUGUCUGUUUAAGACCAAAAAAUAAGUGCACUUUAAUGCCUGGCUGUAACGGAGUAUUUAACAUACAAUGGAAACAUGAGUCAGAUUACUUACGUAGUUCAACACUGUCUUAUGUCUGUGAAGAAACUGUGGAUAGAAAAUGUUUUGUACAUUGUUAUCAGCAAGCAGCUACCAAGCUUACGUUCUCACAAUGUAACUCACCGUACCCGUCUACCACGCCUACGAUCUCAAAAAAUAACUCAAACUACCAGUCUACCACGCCUACGAUCUCAAAAAGUAACUCACCGUACCCGUCUACCACGCCUACGAUCUCAAAAAAUAACUCAAACUACCAGUCUACCACGCCUACGAUCUCAAAAAAUAACUCAUCAUACCCGUCUAGCAGGCCUAAGUUCUCAAAUAAAACCUCAAGGUACCGGUCCAGUAGGGCUACUUCCUCAACAGCUAAAUCAUCGCUCAGCAAGUCAAUUAACACCACUGCCACAGUACAUGACGAUAAAAAACAUAAAAGAGAUAAUGGAAAAAACAAAGAAGACAAACUAAGUACCGAAACAAUACUUAUCGCUGUCGUGAUUUGUCUCAUUGUUAUCGCUAUACUUGUGAUUCUGUGUUUUCUUAGCAAGAAUGUGAGACAAAAAAUGGGAAGAAGGUUUUCAUGCUUUACCGAUAGAACAGCGAGUCAUUGCAGCAGUGGCAAUGCAAAGAGCAACACGACUCAAGGGAAUACCAAUGUAUCUUACACUGCUGAAAACAUCUGUUUUGAUGGGGACACUCAUGUAUACGAUGACUGUUCACUGACAGAAGACUUUCCAUCCUGGAAAAUAUGUGCAAGCUCUACAGCUCAAACUGAGCAUGCCAAGUUGAAGAAGGCAGCAUCCGAUAAUGCAAACAAAGAUAUCAAUGAACCAGACACGACAGAGUACAACAGACUCCGAGACCAGCUGAGGAUAGAUGCAGUUGAUUACAAUUGUCACUUUUCAGACAUAAGCUUGAUCUCGCCAAGAAGCUCUGAUAUGUCCAAACUAAACAAUUCUGAUUAUACAUUGGCCAAAGAUGCUCAAACGUUGGGAAAAGAUACUUUGACUACAAGUCCUUAUUUUUUGGUUGAACUAGUUGAGCCUUCAAAUGAACCAAAUUUUAGAUUUAACCAAACAGAUUUAGCUCAAAACAUUUUGCUCCAACAAAUCGAAAUGAUUACAGUUUUUUAAAGUUCUGGAUAUAUUUUAAGAUUGGAAAUAAGAAAAAAAGCACUGACUUAGUAACAUUUGUGGUCUAGAAUUGAAUGUAACAAUAACUAAAGAACUUAUAAUAGAUCGAACUGCAUAUAAAGACUUCAUCGGUACAGCAAGUGAAGUCAUAUAAAUAUCUAGGCGUUAUCAUUGAUAACAAGCUCUCACUGGAAGACCACCUUAGAACUCUGGCAAAGAAAACAGACCAACGACUAUUUUUUCCUAUACAAACUCAAUAGCUUUAAACUAAGUAUGAAGAUCCUAGAUAUUUUUUUUACGUCGCGACUAUGCAAUAUCUGCUAACAUACGGAAUAACUUGUUGGCAAGGCAACCUUUCUUUCUUCUAAACUGUUGCGCCGCCUAGAAAACAUGAUAAAAAGGUCAUAAAAUAUCACAGGCACAACAUCUUCAUAUUUAAAUGAACUUUUUGAACAAAAAUGUCUAAGAAAAAUCGGAAAAAAAUCUUGGAAGCCAACAGCCACCCUCUCCAUCAUGACUACGUGAAGUGGUCGUGAAGACAAGAACAGAGUGGUACAAAUACUCGCUCGUACCUUACUUUCUACAGACUAUAUCAACGCCACUCGUUGAUCAGGAAACAUGAAAAGGACCAAGAUGCCAGUGUCUAGUCGCUGAAUGAACUCUUUAUGUUGUGUUUGUUCUGUAUAUGCGUAUGUUUCUGUUAUUUUGUCUUUCUAUGAGAAAAGAGUCCAGGAAAACGAGUGACUUAGCAGAACUUAAGUCAUUCGUUAACUGCAUCACUAGAUGCAUGGCGCGUAGGACGUAAUCAUAUUCUUUUUUGAAGUAACGUCUGUAUUAUAUAAGAUACUAGACAUAUGUUACCCGCGACCCGCGGGUCUUUAUUUGCGCAUUACUGUCGAUAUAGUCACUGAGAGUGUUUUGUAAACAAUUAAACGAAAUAAUAAUGUAAUAAGUAAAGCGAAUGUGUCAAUGUAAAAAUAGUGUGAAUGAAGCUAUCAAAUCAGAAUAGCUAAUAGGCUUAAAUCCAUUUGUUCAAAUUAAAACAUUUGCUUGUAGGCCUACAUAUAUUUGAUUAAAAUUUGAGAUGAAUAGACUUCAUUUUGUAUGUUCAUGUGUUACAGUAUAAAGUAGAUCUUGAGGUAGACAUAGAUCUAGAUCUAGACUAAUCUAGAGUUAAAAAUUGGCUUCUAUAGAGUUCAUUCUGUGUUGCGCAUGCCUGACCUUUUUUCAUGAAUGAAUAUAGGCCUAUCUCAACACAGAUACGCAGCUUUAGCGAACAGCGAACGAAUGUAUUAAAAAUGCUUUAGAAAAACAAAUUUGAAUGUUAAUUUGAAUAAAAUAUGAAAUGAAUGGCCAAUAAUUAGUAUGUUUAUGUGUUAAAGCAUAAAACUAUCUUUGCGAAAAGAAGUUUUAUCAUCUUAGAGUUCAAUAAGAGUUUUAGACCUAGGCCUAGGAAUAGACUCAGUAGAGAGAUGUGUUAAUAACUUAAUGUGUAACCAUUUGGUAAUAGUAAUGUCUAAUGAAAGAAUGUUCGCCAGGAAAUCUGUAGUCACAGAUAUCAGGUACUAAUUUAUGUAAAAAAUGCUUUUGAAUAAUCUAGUGGAUUGGAUUUAGAUGAAUGUUAAACGUAGCUAAUGAUCCUUUCACGUUAUUUCUCUUUCGCUACGAAAAUAAAAUUAGUUUUGCGAAAAUGGGUUUACCCGAAGUCGAUACAUUCUUAUCUAUUAAAAGCGAAAAGAGCGAUAGCUUUGUUAAAUGAAUGGGAUUAUAAAGUGAACAAUUAAACGAAAUAAUAUUUAGUACGCGAUUCAUGAAUGAAUAUAGAUCUAGGCCUAUCUCAACUCGGCUUCGCAGCUUUCGUAGAUGAAUGUAGCUUUAGAAAACCAAAUUUGAAUGUUUAUUUGAUCAAAAUAUGAAAUGAAUGGACUUUAAUUAAUAUGUUUAUGUGUUAAAGUAUAAAACUAUCUGUGCGAAGAGAAGUUUUAUCAUCUUAGAGUUGAAUUAGAGUUUUAGAUCUAGGGAUGGGAUUAUAAA